UGCGGUGCCAGGGCUGACGAGCGGGGGGCUCCCGGCGCCGGAGGCGGCGCGGCGGCAUCCCCAUCUCCAUCCUCCUCCUCCUCCUCCUCCUCCACCCCCAGCCUUCCCUCCCUCCGCCUCCUCACUCCCUUCCCCCGGGCGCCCUCUGCACUUUCUUCUCGAACCACCCUCCCAGGCAAACUUUGAUGGGGAACCUUGCAUCGUGCUGGAAAAAUGCCGGUUAUGAAGGGAUUACUGGCACCCCAGAACACCUUCCUCGACACCAUCGCCACCCGGUUUGACGGCACACAUAGUAACUUCAUCCUUGCAAAUGCUCAGGUGGCUAAAGGAUUCCCUAUUGUUUACUGCUCAGAUGGCUUCUGUGAGCUUGCUGGAUUUGCACGAACUGAAGUCAUGCAGAAGAGCUGCAGCUGUAAAUUUUUACUUGGUGCUGAAACAAAUGAGCAGAUGAUUCUUCAAAUUGAGAAAUCAUUGGAGGAAAAGGUAGAAUUCAAAGGAGAAAUCAUGUUCUAUAAGAAGAAUGGGUCUUCAUUCUGGUGCCUACUGGAUAUUGUUCCUAUAAAGAAUGAAAAAGGAGAUGUAGUACUCUUUCUGGCCUCUUUUAAAGAUAUAACAGACACAAAAGUGAAGAUCGCUGCAGAAGACAAAAAGGAAGAAAAAUGGAAAGGAAGAGGAAGACCGGGGUCACAUUUUGAAUCAGCACGAAGACGUAGUAGAGCUGUCCUUUAUCAUAUAUCUGGGCAUCUACAAAGAAGAGAGAAGAACAAGUUAAAAAUUAAUAAUAAUGUUUUUGUAGAUAAACCAGCAUUUCCAGAAUACAAAGUUUCAGAUGCAAAAAAAUCCAAAUUCAUACUGUUGCAUUUCAGCACUUUUAAAGCUGGCUGGGACUGGCUUAUUUUACUGGCAACGUUUUAUGUUGCUGUGACUGUACCUUACAAUGUUUGCUUUAUUGGCCAUGAUGAGCUGUCUACAACUCGAAGCACAACUGUCAGUGACAUUGCAGUGGAAAUUCUUUUUAUCAUCGCAGAUAUUAUUUUAAAUUUCCGAACAACGUACGUCAGCAAGUCUGGCCAAGUUAUAUUUGAAGCAAGAUCUAUUUGUAUCCACUACGUGACUACCUGGUUUAUCAUUGAUUUAAUUGCUGCACUUCCUUUUGAUCUUCUUUAUGCUUUCAACGUCACUGUGAUUUUCACUCCAUCGACUCUCAGAUGUUGCCUCAACAGAACGGUUUCCCUUGUCCACCUUCUAAAGACAGUGCGGUUGCUACGGCUCUUGCGUCUCCUUCAGAAGUUGGAUCGUUACUCCCAGCACAGUACAAUUGUUCUCACACUUCUCAUGUCCAUGUUUGCCUUGCUUGCUCACUGGAUGGCCUGCAUUUGGUAUGUCAUAGGGAAAAGGGAGAUGGAACAGAAUAACCCCCUUACCUGGGACAUAGGUUGGCUUCAUGAGCUAGGAAAACGUAUUGAGUCUCCUUACUAUGAGAAUAAUACACUAGGAGGCCCAUCAAUCAGAAGUGCCUAUAUAGCUGCCCUGUAUUUCACCCUCAGCAGCCUCACCAGUGUUGGAUUUGGAAAUGUUUCAGCCAACACCGAUGCUGAAAAGAUCUUCUCUAUUUGCACAAUGCUGAUUGGGGCUCUGAUGCACGCCUUGGUGUUUGGCAAUGUCACUGCCAUAAUUCAGAGGAUGUACUCCAGGUGGUCCCUUUAUCACACAAGAACCAAGGAUCUGAAGGACUUUAUACGGGUCCAUCACCUGCCACAGCAGCUAAAGCAAAGGAUGCUUGAAUAUUUCCAAACCACGUGGUCUGUCAAUAAUGGAAUUGAUUCCAAUGAGCUUUUAAAAGACUUCCCUGACGAGCUGCGUUCAGACAUCACCAUGCACUUGAACAAGGAGAUUUUGCAGCUCUCCCUUUUCGAGUGUGCCAGCCGUGGUUGCCUCAGGUCUCUGUCUCUGCAUAUCAAAACCUCCUUCUGUGCUCCUGGGGAAUACCUGCUCCGGCAGGGAGAUGCCCUGCAAGCGAUCUACUUUGUGUGCUCAGGUUCCAUGGAAGUCCUGAAGGACAGCACGGUGCUGGCAAUUCUUGGUAAAGGAGAUUUAAUUGGAGCAAACCUAUCCAUUAGGGAUCAAGUUAUUAAAACAAAUGCAGAUGUUAAAGCUCUAACGUACUGUGACCUCCAAUGCAUUAUCCUCAAAGGUCUCUUUGAAGUACUUGACCUUUACCCAGAGUAUGCUCACAAGUUUGUUGAAGACAUACAGCAUGAUCUCACAUACAAUCUAAGAGAAGGCCAUGAAAGUGAUGUAAUAUCAAAAUUAUCAAACAAGUCUACGCUAUCUCAGACAGAGCUCAAGGGAAAUGGAAAUAUAAAGAAGACACUCCCUUCAAUUGUAGAAGAUGAAGAUGAGGAUGAGGAGGGAGAAGAAGAGAGCAACACCCUUUCACCAAUCCAUACAAGAAGCACAAAUUGCUCUCAGCAGAAGAAGGCUGGAAGCAAUAAAAGCCACCUAGGGAGAAACUUGAAGCAGUUGGCCUCUGGAACGGUGCCCUUUCAUUCACCCAUCCAUGCUUGCAGUUCAAACCCCUCAAGAACCAAACAUGAAACGGAGCUCCGUUACUACUCCAGAAGGAAGGAGAAAAACCUUAAGUUACACCUUUCAGCACUGACCACCAGUGGUCCACCUGACCUGAGCCCAAGAAUUGUUGAUGGGGUUGAAGAUGGAAACCAUAAUGAGGAAAGCCAAACCUUUGACUUCAGCUCUGAUCAGCUCAGGCAGGAAUCCAGGUUAUCUCCUACAAUUGGAGAGGCCGAAAUUGGUGCUGCUGUGCUUGUUAUCAAAGCAGAAGAGACCAAACAGCAGAUCAGCAGGCUUAAUAACGAGGUAACAACUUUAACUCAAGAAGUCUCACAAUUAAGUAAGGAUAUGAAGAACGUCAUGCACCUUCUGGAGAACCUGCUCACAUCCCAGAAGCCUCCUGGGUUCUGUGCUGUGCACGGCAUAUCUCGAAGUCCUACCCUGGAAAGUCUGCAGUCUCGAAUGGCUUGCACUACCCAUCAACCUUGCACGCACAUGCAAGCAGGGAACUUUAUUUGCACCAAAGCACAACUUUGCCGCAGCAACACGUUACGUGACAUUUGGAACACAGAUCUGUCCUCCAUAGGCAGCAGUCCCCAAAGAACUGAGCCUAAUCUGCAAAAUUCUAUGGAGGGUGAAUUUUAUUAUACACCGGGCCUUCACAAUUCCCCCUCCCAGUAUCAGGUAAUUCAGAAAGACAAUUUACAAUUUUUAAGGUGCACCUCUCCCCCUUCAGACACUACCUUGACUCCUCUUCAGUCUAUUUCAGCAACUCUUUCUUCUUCAGUAUGCUCUUCAUCAGAGACAUCGUUACACCUCGUGCUCCCCAGCAGAUCUGAGGAAGGUAGCUUUAGCCAAGGAGCAAUCAGCUCACUAAGCCUUGAGAACCUGCCGGGAUCGUGGGACCUGGAAGGAACAGCUGGAGUAGUUUCUGCACAGACCCCAGAUUUCCCAAUAGACAUUGUGACAAGCACAAGGGAUGUUAAAGAUAAAGAUUACCAAGCCAUAGACGUAUAAUGAGAAACAGUGAAGUGGUACUCAAAGCAUGUUCCACAGCUGCCAGUUUUAAAUUUAGAGAGUACUGCAUGACUGCUUUAUUUGACCUUUUCUCUGGCGAUCAUGGAGACUUACAAACAUGAAAAUUCAGAUUUAUAGAAAGUAAGAAAAGGUAUUGCCAGUUCAUACUAUAGGAAAAAAAAAAAAAAUUCUAGAUUCUAGAAGCAUGUUGAAAAGCAUUUUGUAUACAGUUAUAACUUACUGGUCUGUUUGGCAGACUUUUGUGAUAGUCCAAAGACCCUGAGGGUCAGAGCAGCUGGAAGUCUAGGACAAAAGAAUUGUCAUGGGUGGCUUUUGUUCAUCGAAGCAAAGGUUUUCCCUGAGUGUUUGACUGUUGUUCCCAAACAAUAUCUAUGGCACUGUUUGCUUCAGGUGAUCGUGGGUCCUGCUGGUCUGUUUGUCAGUGCUGUGAAGGCAAAGGGACAAUUAUCGCUGCAUGUCAUCUAGACAAUCAACCAAAUAGAGCUGGUAGAGAGUGGUUAGUUGUUGCACGUUAUUUGUCAUGUAAAUGAAACCUCUUAAUUUAUCUAAAAAUACUAUUUUUAUAUACUUGCUAUGAAAUGUACUUAAAAAUUAUUUAAAAUAUUUAUAAGGAGAAUAAGAGUUUGUUUUCAUUUUGGUAAAAGCUUGCAGUUUUAACAAGAAAUGCACUACCAUCAUGUAUUAGAUCAAAUACUAUUUAUUGUUAAGAUAUUAUGUAGUUUACAAAUGGAUUCCUUUUUAUGUGCAUGCGAUUUGCAAUGAAUGUAUUCAUGCUGGUGGAAUACAAAUAAAUUAAGGUAUUAUUUUAUCUAAAAAAAAAAUAAAACAGCUGGAAUGUUGUAUCCUAUCCUAAGUCAGCUAUUACUACUUAAAAAGUGAAAUGUUAUACUGAUAACAUUAAGUACCCUUAGUUUGUGUCUUAGUAUUGCACUACUAUUGAUAAGACCAAGUCAACAUUAUACUACACAUCCCUAUCUUGGGAUUUUAUAUCUGGACAAGAAAAUUAAGAGGGAUGAAAACCAUUGAGCAAUUUGAGGAAUAUCAAAGGAGAAAAUUACAAUGAUUUAGUCAGAAUCAAAGAAAUAAGUUUAAAAUAGUUAUUUAUUUGAUGAUCUUUUACUUACAUAAUUUUUUUACAGAGCACAGAUUUAUGUUUAACUUCCUUAAGAGGGUUUUUUUCUGAAAACUUCAAAGACUAAGUUCAUUGUUAACAUUUGGAUGUGCGUGAGAGCACAAAUCCCAGCACUCUGCCCAACUUACAUCCUUUCAAAUCCUUUUUCCCACUGGUACAAAUUAAGGACGAAGUGUCAUCUCUCAUUUGGAGCUGCCUGAAUUUUGUCAGUAUGUCUACACUUCAACAUGAGUGUUUAUACAUAGGGUUUCUUAACUCCCCUCUAUUCCAGUUUUUACUUAGUUUAAGGUUAAAUACAGAAGUCCUGAUUAAAUAAGACAUAACCCAGAAAUUAAAAAAUAAAUUAAUAACAAGUACUAGCAAAUACAGGUCUAUGGUAUUUCUGCAAACAAUCCUUGCUCAUCUUUAGCAGUCUGCCAUCGUCCAACCCGCCACAGGACAGCGCAGGAGGACGGGGCUGGGGGAGGCUGUCUGCCCCCCACACCCAGGGCAGGCACACGCGAGCAGAGCCCCACUUGCCAGCAGUCAGGAGCUGUGUUAUGUGGGGCAGCAGGGAUGAGGUCCUGGCAGAGCAGCCAGAAGCUCGGUGGCGGUACGGUACUGCCUCGCCUCAGCAGCCGGCCAGCACACUGUACAGCCAUGAUGCACGGGCACAUGUAGCACAGCUGUCCGCAGAUCCUGAUUCUCCACUGCCGCCUUCAUGCCACACAGGGUAACCUGCCCUCAAGCUAUUGCAUUAAUGAAAUACACAGGCUAACCUAAGCUCACGUAUCCCAGCCAUUGACUGGGGCUGCACAGACACACUCUUUGUCUACCACGCUUAGUUCCCAAUAUCAUUUAAUAAUUUCCAUUACAUAUAUAAAUUGGGAGCAGUGUUUGCGUUCUCAUUUUAUAAGCAAUACAUAAAUAUGAUGGUGGUGAGGCAGUGGAACAGGUUGCCUAGAGAAGUUGUGGAUGUCCCACCCCUGAAAGUGUUCAAGGCCAGGUUGGAUGGGGCUUUGAGCAACCUGGGCUAAUGGAAGGUGUCCCUGCCCAUGGCAGGGGCUUGGAACUAGAUGAUCUUUCAGGUCUCUUCCAACCCAAACCAUUUUAUGAUUCUAUGACUCUAACCAUUAUGUGUACACCUUAAAGUUUUGGGGUUUUUUUUUUUUCUUUUCCAGUAUAAACGCUGGUGUCUUGAGAUUAAAACUGGAUGUUUUGUUCUGGAGCUUCUGUGUUAGUUUUAUAUAAAAGUGUAAAAAGGUCAGUGGAAACAAAAAGCCACUUUGCAUAAAUAACCAUAGCUUUACUGUUGUACAUUUAAUUCUCGAAUAAGAAAUGCAUGUGCAGUAAUUGAGAAGGAACAGCACCAGGAUAUCUGUCCUAAGUAGUUCUGUGUUUCUGCAAGUGUCAAAUAUAUCCUAAACAAAGUUGGCAAACACUAUGCCAUUUGUAUUGGCUAUAGUUUCAGGCAAUAUACAUAGCCAUCACGUGGAUUGCAGACAAUCUGUAAGAUGGGCAUCACACACGUGAGCGUACUGCUUCCCAGGGUAAAGCUCAAAGAAGUUAGGACAGGACAAGAGUUCAUUCCAGGCCAAAACCAAAUAAGGAAAGAGGAAGGUCAGCAAAACAGAAAUCUGGAUUUGAAAGGUGGUUGUAUUUUAAACUCCCUGACACCAUUAUAUUAUGAGACCCUCAGGAAAAGAAUCCCCCAAGCAGCUUUUGUUGGAAAGUAUCUGGCAACCAAUACAACAAAUUUCAGUUUUUAAGGUAAAAUGACAAUUCAUAGGGACAAAUGGGAAGGCACAUACAUUUGGAAUGGAACAGUAAUUUCCAAACAGGAUUAAGAUGAGCAGAAUAGUUCUACACACAGUGUGGCCAUGGAGGAUUUCUGGGUUUAAAGCAACCACCACUGUAAUAUUCAAGUGUUACCCUCAAAAGGUGCUCAUUAUGAACAUCAACACAAUCAUCCCACACCCUAACAUCCAGCAGCCCAGCUCAGUCAAUUUACUGUAUUCCUUUUUGCACUAAGCUUUACAAAAAUAAAAAGUAGAAUUCAUUUUUGUCUCAGGACUGUUGUUCCCAUCUAAUCCUGCAUCAGUUUACUUCCUAAGUUUGCUACAUUUUCUUCCUUUCUUGCAUUUUCCAUCACCAUUAGUUCUUCUGCACAGUAACUGUAAUCUCUAUUUAUUUAUUUUCCCUCUCUUUUUUUUUUCUCACCUAUUCUCUUUUAUAGCCUCUUUAUAACACCAUCAAACUCAACCAUUUCUUUCCUCAUUUCCUGGUCAUUUCCCUAUAAAGAAAAAUCCUAGGCCUGCCACUAAUGACCUAAGUGGUUACUGAACUAAGUCAUGCAGUAGGACAGCAGAAUUGGUCUGUGUCAAGAUUCAGGCAGUAAACCACCAGGCUCUAACCAAAAUCUCAUGCACUAUUACCUUCUCACAAUGCUGCAGU